AUGAAUAAACUCUCAGUACUACUAUGCCUGCUUGUAUUUGAAGCAUUUUGUGCUCCAGCAAACCUAAAGGGCAAAGUUGGAGAACAUGCACUGACGUGGACAAAAGUGGGAGCUAGUCAAACACCACACAUCCGUACUCGUCGAUGGGGAUACUAUGGUGGUUGGGGAUACCGUCCGUACGGUUGGGGAUAUCACCGUCCAUGGGGUUGGGGUUGGCGCCGACCGUAUUACGGAGGAUAUGGAAUGCCAUAUGGUGGAUAUGGUGAAUACGGUGGAUUUGGUGGAUAUGGUGGCUACCCGUACUGGCGUUAA